ACCUCAAGGAUCCAUCCAAAGAUGAAUCGAAUCGAAUCGAAUCUGCAACAGACACAACCUGGAUGAUUGGGUGGUAGCCGCAGGAAAGAUAGACUCUUCACUCACUUUGAUUUAUUCCAGCACCAUGAAAUUGCCUUUAUCGUCGUGGUGGCUUUUGGCGUUGUCCUGCUCUGCUUUGCCAGCUGGGGUAGCUUUUUUGGUUUCUACCCCCACAUCGAGCACUAUUACCACCACUACACAACUGUACUCGAUCCCCGACCCCUUGGAUACCCUCACAUCAGGCUUGGCCAGCAUUUGUCGUCUUCCACAUGGCGUGACGGCAGUAGAAACACCACCUACCCCCGAUGGCCAAUUGGAUUUGUUGCCACGCUUUGCACAGUUGUGGGAUGUCGAAAAUUCUGCCGAUUGUCGGGCGGUACGAGAGUUGUUGACUGAACUCGAUGUAGUGGUAGACCUGGUCAUUCCGGCAGCACCCAAUUCACGGGUCUUUGUCGACCCCGACUAUGACUAUGCAUUAUCUCCUGGAACACCUGUGCCUCGGUUGGGCGUGGAGGAAUCCAAUGGUGAUGAACUCAUUUUGAGUGGCGCGGAUCAAGUUGUGGCGUAUUUGGAGAGUCUCAAGCAACAACAAGCAGAAAUGGCAAAGGCCACAGCAGCUACCAAUGAUGAAGAGGACGAAGACAAUGCCAAGCCAGAGGUGGAAGAAGCACUCGAAGUGGCUAAAAACGUCUGGAACAAGGUCGGGAAUAAUUUGGCAACUGCAUUGAGAUUGGGCAGAGGUUCACAGGUUUCUCCGGCUGCUACAUUUACCAUACCGGUUCCUGUUCGUCGACCCCCGAAACCCCUCGUGUUGUAUUCCUACGAGGGCAAUCAAUUUUGUCGAUUGGUACGGGAAGUUUUGACAGAGCUGGAUAUUGUCUACGAAUUGCGUUCGGCAGGAAAGGAAUCCCCGCGACGAUCCGAAUUGGCCUACAUUACCGGUGGAUCAAGUCAAUGCCCCUAUUUGCUGGAUCCCAAUACUGGAAGUGACAUGGCGGAAUCCGCAGAUAUCAUCGCCUAUUUGUACAAAAACUAUGCUCGAUGGACGCCGCCCAAUGAACUACUGGAAUGGGCAUCUGACAUUGUCAUUCCGCUGUUCCGACCGCUCUUCCAAGGAUUAGCACCCCUGCAGGCAGGAUCCAAUAAAGAAGACAAGGCAUCCUUUGAAGAAGACAUUCGUAAAGCCGAACGAGCCAUUGAGGCUACGAUUCAACAGCAUCCAGUCGUCGUCUAUACGUACGAAUGGAGUCCCUUUUGUACCGAAGCCACGAGCGUAUUGGAUCGACUGGAGAUUCCCUACCAUCAAGUGAGCUUGGGCAAGGAAUGGAUUCCCGGACUGAUCACGGAAGAAGGAGCUCAACUUCGAGCAGCAUUGCUGGAAACUGCUGGACAAUCAUCGCUGCCUCAUAUCUUUGUGGGCGGCAAAAGCAUUGGUGGCUUGUUCAGUGGAACUCCUGGGCUGAUUCCGUCGUUGGAGGCUGGAAAACUUGAUGCCAUGGUGGAAUCGGCGACAGAAAUGCUGGAAAAGCGAAAACAAUACCAAAAAGAAAGCCCCGUGGGUGGCAGUGGCGGAGCUUUUGAAUAGAGAUCCAGUGAAAGUAAUAAAAAGCAAAGCUGGUGUCUAGCUAGCUAGUAGACUGCCUUAGAUUCAGCACACGUUUUUAGACCGUGCAGAGCAAAAGUUGACGAGACGAAAAGGAUAUCAUAUUUUGACAAUGCGAGUCUCCUUGGUUGGAGGGCUUUCCAGCCCUUCGAGGUGUACCGGAACCCCAAACAAAACUCCCCCGAAACAUUCAUCAUUUGCUGCACAAAGGCAGGACUAACCAUCAGCCAG